AUGGCGACAACAACAACUGAUGACCAGGAAACGACGGAAACCUUCAGCUUUUUAAAGACAGAAGUUCAUCUAAGAUCUGUAGCCAGCCUGGUGUUGUCUGUGUCCUAUGCGUUGCUGGCCGCCCUCGCAGCACAUUUCAUGGCCUUGAGUAGUCAGGCAGGCGUGCCCGGGCUGCAGCUUUUAUUCGUCAUGCAACUUGCAGAGCUCCUCUGCGUUCUCGUGGUCCUGCCAUGCUUCCGACCGAGACUGACAGCUGAAGACACACUGCAAGGGAUGAUCCUGUUCCUGUCAGCUGUGAUUGACAACUUGGGAACCAUCUUGACAUUCAUGUCCUACAUCUACGUCGUGCCUGGACUCGCCGUAGGCGUCAUCCAAGGACUCAUUCCAUUCUCCACUACGUGUGUUGGGUACAUUUUCCUGAAAGAACAUGUAGGUGUUAUCGACUCCUGUUGCAUCCUUUGCAGCGUAGCUGGAGUAGUCCUGGUCGUGGUGGGGAUGGUCAUGAGUGCCGCUUCAUCGACACAUGUACAGUGGCUCACUGUCGCCAUUCUUCUGCCUUUUGCAGCGGCUUUCUUCGAGGGACCGAAUAACGUUAUCACACGGUUUCUUAUAGAUGUUCAGGGAGUGUCUAUACUAACCGACACGUUCUACACUCAGCUGCUGGGCACAGCCUUGCUGCUACCAGGGACGUUCAUAUUUGAGACACCUCGGUGGACAAUGUCAGCACCAACGAUAGCAUACGUCAUCGGACUAUGUCUAUGUGACUUUUUCUCCGUAUUGUCUUUAAAACUUGUGCUUAAGCUGGAAAAAGCUGGCGUUGCAGCGGUCUUUAUGACACUCGUUAUACCCUUUACCAUACUGCUGGACUACCUUUUCCAGUCGCAUGUGCACGGCCCCAUGGAACUCGGCGGCAUCACACUUGUUGUGCUGGGUACCGCUGUAGUGGGAGGGCACUCGUGGUGGGGGCAUCGUCAGGAGAUGCGCCGUAAUGAUCUGUUAGAGACGAUGAACUUUGACAAGUCGACGUAG